AUGAUGGAAGUAAAUGCAGUGGAUGGGCAAAUGAUGGAGAUAAAUGCAGUGGGUGGGCGAAUGAUGGAGGUAAAUGCAGUGGAUGGGCAAAUGAUGGAGAUAAAUGCAGUGGAUGGGCAAAUGAUGGAGAUAAAUGCAGUGGAUGGGCGAAUGAUGGAGGUAAAUGCAGUGGAUGGGCGAAUGAUGGAGGUAAAUGCAGUGGGUGGGCGAAAGAUGGAGGUAAAUGCAGUGGAUGGGCGAAUGAUGGAGGUAAAUGCAGUGGGUGGGCGAAUGAUGGAGGUAAAUGCAGUGGGUGGGCGAAUGAUGGAAGUAAAUGCAGUGGGUGGGCGAAUGAUGGAGGAAAAUGCAGUGGAUGGGCGAAUGAUGGAGGUAAAUGCAGUGGAUGGGCGAAUGAUGGAGGUAAAUGCAGUGGGUGGGCGAAUGAUGGAGGAAAAUGCACGGGACAGAAAGUCUGCUGGGGGUUCAAAAUACUCCUAA